UGUUUCAUUCAUUAAAAUAAAUAAAAUCAAAAAUCUUUUUUCUUUCUUUCAUAGUUCCCAACAUUUGACACGAUUCUUGAGUCUCCCGUGAUUUUCCUGCAAAUCUUUCUCUCUCUAUCUCUCCCGCCAUUACUAGUAUCAUUCUUCUUCUCUUUCUUAAAAAAUUUCAUCUCCCAUGGCCAUGUUUACAGGAAUUAUGAAUAAAAAUCCUUUCUUUUAUCUCAUCUUCCUUUUCCUAACGAAUCCUUCUUCUUCUUCUAUCAAUGCCGAACCGAUUCAAGACAGACAAAUACUCCUUUCUUUCAUCUCUCUCGUUCCUCACUCUAAUCGUAUUCAAUGGCACUCUAAUCAAUCCGCCUGCAAUUGGGUCGGCGUCGGUUGCGACGCUAAUCACUCCUCUGUUCUAUCUCUCCGACUUCCCGGCUCCGGCUUCGUCGGUCCAAUUCCGGCUAAUACAAUCGGCAAACUCUCUCAGCUUCGUGUUCUUAGUCUCCGUUCAAAUCGUUUUACCGGCCAGAUUCCUUCUGAUUUCUCUAAUUUGAAACUCCUCCGAAGUCUCUACCUUCAGGGUAAUAAUUUUUCAGGGGAUUUUCCGAUUACUAUUCUUGACUUAACCCACUUGACUCGGCUUGAUCUCUCUACCAAUAACUUCACUGGGUCUGUUCCUUUCUCCAUCAAUAAUCUAACUCACCUCACUGGUCUUUUCCUCGAGAAAAAUGGUUUUUCCGGUAACUUACCCAGUGAUAUUCCCUCAACCCUGGUAAAUUUCAACAUCUCCAAUAACCAUCUCAACGGAUCGAUUCCAACAACGUUUUCAAGUUUCCCAGCUUCGGCUUUCGCCGGAAAUGAUGAUCUUUGUGGCCUACCAUUGCAGUCAUGCAACCCUUUUUUUCCAUCGCCGGCGUCGCCUUCUCCUAUCUCCCCGCCGGAGAAGCCGACGUUAAUGAAGUCGAGAAAUCUCUCCAAAGCUAGUAUUGUUGCUAUUUCAAUUGGGUCAGGUGUUUUAAUCUUGUUACUUCUGCUUCUACUUGUACUCUGUUUUCGCCGGAAGCAGAGGCGUGUAGUUUCCCAGAAACCACCGGCAACAGUUAGAUCGGCGGCGGCGGAGGCGGGGGGUUCGAUGAUCGAAACGGGAACAUCGUCGACAUCGAAGGACGAUAUUGUUGGAAGUUCUGUUGAAGAGAGGAACAAGUUAGUUUUCUUUGAGGGUUUGAAUUAUAGUUUCGAUUUGGAAGAUCUUCUUAGGGCGUCGGCGGAAGUUUUAGGAAAAGGUACCGUUGGUACGUCGUAUAAGGCGGUGUUGGAGGAAGGAACGGCGGUGGUUGUAAAGAGGGUUAAAGAUGUGAUCUUGAGUAAGAGAGAUUUCUUGAUACAAAUGGAGAUUCUUGGAAAGAUUAGACAUGAUAAUGUUGUAUCUCUUAUGGCUUAUUAUUAUUCAACUGAUGAGAAAUUGUUGGUUUCCGAUUACGUUCCCGCCGGCAGCUUAUCUUCUCUUCUUCAUGGUAACCGAAGUUCCGGCCGAGCACCACUUGACUGGGACAACCGUAUAACCAUUGGCCUGAGUGUCGCAAGAGGUUUAGCUCACCUACACGUAACAGAAAACAUAGUUCACGGCAACAUCAAAGCUUCCAACGUUCUUCUCCGUCACAAUUACGAUGCAGCCGUUUCAGACUUCGGCUUAAACCCACUAUUCGGCAAUACAUCGCCGCCGAACAGGGCGGCGGCAGCGGCCGGGUAUCGUGCGCCGGAGUUAAUGGCGAAUCUGAAACCAACGUUGGAAUCUGACGUGUACAGCUAUGGUGUUCUGUUAUUGGAACUUUUGACCGGAAAAUCUCCAAAUCAAAGUUCGAUCGGCGGCGAUGAAAGCGUCGAUCUUCCACGGUGGGUUCAAUCGGUGGUGAGAGAGGAAUGGACGGCGGAGGUUUUUGAUGUGGAUUUGAUGAGAUAUGAAAAUGGUGUAGAAGAAGAGAUGGUCCAGCUUUUGCAGAUUGCUAUGGCGUGUGUUUCUCACGUGCCGAAUCAGAGACCGUUGAUGAAGGAUGUUUUACGUUUGAUGGAGGAAAUGAUGAACAGACUUCAGAUUAUACGACAGUCGUCCGAUGAACAACCGUCUAAGGAAUCGGAUGGACAGACUACGCCGCGUGACGUCACGCCGUAGAGACCUAGAUUUUUAUUUUCUUGUUUUUCAUUUCUCUUAUUUGUUUUUGUUAAAAGACCACCUAGA